UAAAGUCCAGUCAAUCCAGAACCAUGGCUAACAUUUUUGUAAUUGCUGUUUGUGCCCUGAUUGGAUUAACUUCUGGUGCCAGCCUGUCUCGAGUGUUCAAAAUCGUCGGUGGCUUCCAGGUCGAAAUCGCCGACUUUCCCUACCAGGUGUCACUGCAACGCAACAGCCGUCACCACUGCGGGGGAUCCAUCAUCGACGCGGGGUGGAUCCUGACGGCAGCCCACUGUACGGAGAAUAAAAACGCCGCCAUCUACGGGGUCCGCGCCGGAUCGUCGGAACAUGCCACCGGUGGUCAGCUGGUUUCGGUAAAGGCCGUUCACAGUCAUCCGGAGUACAACAGUGGCAACUAUGAUUUUGAUUUUAGUUUGCUAGAGCUGGGUGAGGCUGUUCAGUUUGGUGAAGGUGUUCAACCCAUCGUUCUGGUUGAGGACGAACCUUCCGAUGAGGAGUUGUCUUUGGUUUCUGGAUGGGGUGAUACGAGGUCGUUGGAGGAAUCCCGCCAGUUUCUACGAGCUGUGGUAGUUCCGCUGGUGAACCGUACCGAGUGUGCCGAAGCUAAUAAAGAUAUUUUGCCGGUGACGGAGAGUAUGAUCUGUGCGGGAUACGUCGAGGAAGGUGGUAAGGAUGCCUGCCAGGGGGACAGUGGUGGUCCACUGGUUGUGGACGGGCAGCUGGCGGGAGUGGUGUCCUGGGGAAAUGACUGCGCAAAGCCCGGAUAUCCGGGAGUGUACUCGAAUGUGGCUUACGUCAGGGAUUGGAUCCGGGAAGUUGCUAGCGUUUAAGAUUCGAUGUGGAUCAUAGAAACAAUAAAAAUAAUUAGGUACUUUUUAA